AUGGACCUGGCGUUGGUGAGGGUGUUCGUCCUGGUCAUGGUGUGUGUGAGUCUGAUGUGGAUACCCGUCAUCCAGACAGCCAACAGUGGACAGCUGUUCGAUUACAUCCAAUCAGUGACCAGCUUUCUGGCUCCUCCCAUCACCGCGGUCUUCCUGAUGGCCAUCCUGUGGCCCCGUGCUAACGAGCAGGGUGCGUUCUGGGGGCUGAUGGGGGGGCUGCUGGUGGGACUGGUCCGGAUGGUUCUGGAGUUCAGUUUCAAAGCUCCGGCCUGCGGACAGCCUGACGGCCGGCCUGCGCUCCUGGCUCAGGUCCACUAUCUGCACUUUGCCCUGAUCCUGCUGGCUCUCACCUGCCUCAUCAUCGCUGCUGUCAGUCUGGCCACGCCCCCCAUCCCCGAAGAACAUCUCUACAGGCUCACCUGGUGGUCCAGACACAGCCAGGAGCCUCGCCUCGACCUCACAGCUCCCCAGGUGACCUCUGGCCCGGUGACCUCUGGCCCGGUGACCUCUGGCCCGGUGACCUCUGACCCGAUGACCUCUGGCCCGGUGACUUCUGGCCCGGUGACCUCCUGGUGGAGGAGGGCUGCACUGAGGCUCUGCGGUCUGAAUGCUCCCGGCUCUGAGGCUGCGGAGCCUGAAGGCCUCGAGCUGAACUCCCUGCAGGAAGCACCGCUCUGGAGGAACGUCUGCAAUAUAAAUGCCCUGCUGCUGCUGACCAUCAACGUGUUCCUGUGGGGGUACUUCGCCUAA